GGAUGGGUACAAAAGCGUUUGAUGAAACUGUACAUCGACUGUUGCAAGGAUCUAGAGGAGCCACCCAAUUUCAAAUUGAUAAAGAAGUUAUAUAACUUAGAGCUUUCAGAGGAUGAAGUCAUUGUGUCUGAUUGUGAUUUGCAAGACUUAUCGGCAACACCAUUACUGAAUGCCCUGAAUGCGCACAAGACAGUUGCUGCAUUAAAUAUUUCCCACAAUUUGUUAGGCAAUGGAACAAUGGAGAAACUUCAACAGCUAUUUACUUCGGUGGGUCAAACUUAUGGUGGUUUGCUUUUGGAUUUGCACUGCAACCACUUUGGGCCAACUGCUUUAUUUCAGAUCUGCGAAUGCCCUGUGCUAUUUGCUCGGUUAGAAGUCCUUAACAUCUCUGGAAACCGUUUGACUGAUGCAUGUGCGUCUUACCUUUCAACUAUCUUACAAAAUUGCAAAGCCCUUUAUAGCUUAAAUAUAGAACACUGUUCUAUUACAUCUAGAACAAUUCAGAAGGUUGCUGAUUCACUGGAUUCUGGAUCAGUGCUGACGCAAAUGUGUUUAGGAUACAACCACCCUAUAUCUGGCAGCAGUUUAAUGAAUUUAUUGGCUAAACUUGCAAAUUUAAAGAGAUUUUCAGAAUUGAAUCUGGAUGGUUUAAAGCUAAGCAAGUCUGUUAUAGAUAGCCUUUGCAAACUAUCCAAAACCUCAUGUUUGUCAGGGUUGAUGCUGGGGGGUACUAGCAUCGGAACUGAUGGUGCAUUGCAGUUAAUCGAGUCAUUGUCCAGUGGGGCUCCAGAAUUGGUGAAGCUUGAUCUAUCAACUUGUGGACUGGUAUCUCAAUGCAUUGUCAGACUCAAUACUGAAGUUUCUUUGAUCAGUAGCAUUAUGGAACUGAAUCUUGGAGGAAAUCCCAUCAUGCAAGAGGGUGGCAAUGCAUUGGCAUCACUGCUCAUAAAUCCUCACUGUUGUUUAAAAGUUUUGGUCCUGCGCAAAUGUCAACUUGGCCUUCUUGGUGUUCUUCGGAUACUUCAGGCAUUAGCAGAUAAUUGCUUUCUUGAAGAGCUCAACUUGGCAGAAAAUGGCUGUCUGGAUAAUGAUAGUACUUCACUCUACAGCCUAAUAACAACUAAAGAGAGCCCGAACUCCCUGCAGACAAAUCUCAAUUUUUUUGGCUCUUCAUUGAAGGCAUCAGCACCAGUGGAGGAUCAAGCUGCUGAACUGGUAUUGUGUACAGCUAAAACUGACUGCAAUCACCUAGAAGUUGCUGAUAGUGAAGAUAAGCCAAUCAGGGUGGACCCUGCCGUAUCUGGUUUUGAUGGCAGUUGCAUGAGCUCGUCUCAAAAGAAUCCUUCUAAUUUGGAGUGCCAAUACAUUCAAGAGCUUUCAACUUCUAUUACUAUGGCGAAACAGUUGCAGUUACUGGAUCUUAGUAAUAAUGGAUUCUCAGAAAAAGUUGUAGAAAUGUUAUAUACUGCAUGGUCAUCAAGUUCAAGAGCUGCUUUAGCCCAGAGGCACGUUGGGAAACAUACAAUCCAUUUUUCCGUGCAGGGGAACAAGUGUUGCAGCGUGAAACCCUGCUGCAGAAGGAUAUAAGUCUCUUCUAAUAACUUCAAAUUUAUUCUAAGAUUAUAGUAAAAAGCUUCACAUCAGACAGGCAGAGACAACCUUGUGUGCGUGUCCUCCUUAUUCUUCAACCGGGUUACUUCAAAUCUGCAACAAAUUUUACGAUGGCAUCUUCUUAAAUGUCACAUGGUAACACGAAUGGAGCAUGCACACAAUGUUAAUGUAAAUAUAUUUGAAGCUUACAUGCAUUCCUUUUGGUUUGCUGGAUCAUGACAUCCAUUCCCAUAUCGAUUCUAGUCCCUCCCUCUUGAGGACCAGUAGCCACUACCUAUAUUACCUUGGUAUCGCUUUUACUUGUGCUAUAUAUGGCAGACAAUUUUGUAAAUUGACUGCUUGUAGUUUGGAAUGAAUUAUGUACAAUCAUCUCGCAUUGUGCUUCUAGGCUUGCUAUUUGUGAAUUUGAC